AUUGUGCUACUGGUUCAUAAUUAUCAACAGCAAGAUACAAGCAAUGUGUUCAAUACUUCGUCCUGUUUGGAGAAACCAUACCGAUGUCCACAUCCCAGGAUCAAAUUCUAUCUCUACACUCGGCGAACACAGCAAACCCCUGAGUUGAUCGAUGUGCUAAAUCCGGAGUCGCUUUACCGCACCCACUGGAACCCGAAGCACCCGGUGAAAAUAGUAAUCCAUGGCUUUGGUGGAGGUCGGAAUCUUUCACCCAGCCCGGAUAUGCGAAAGGCCUACUUCAUCCGAGGCAAUUACAAUAUCAUAAUUGUAGAUUAUGGCACCGCAGUGACGGAGCCCUGCCUAAGCCAGAUAGAGUGGGCGCCACGAUUUGGAAGCCUUUGCGUUUCCCAGCUGGUCAAGUAUCUGGCUGCGCAUCCACGGGGAGUACCGCCGGACAGGAUGCACCUAAUUGGAUACAGUGUAGGAGCACACAUUGCCGGUUUGGUGGCUAACUAUCUAACGCCGGCGGAAGGAAAGCUGGGCCGGAUAACAGGACUGGAUCCGACGAUCUUUUUCUAUGCCGGCACGAACAACUCCCGGGAUUUGGACACCAGUGAUGCUCAUUUUGUGGAUAUUAUCCACACCGGAGCGGGAAUCCUGGGGCAGUGGAGUGCCAGCGGGCAUGCGGAUUUCUACGUCAACGGUGGAACCAGCCAGCCCGGGUGUGCGAGCAGUACAAUUUUUCAAACUCUCGCAUGCGAUCACACUAAAGUGACACCGUACUUCAUCGAAUCCAUCAACAGUGAGAAGGGUUUCUGGGCUGGUCCUUGUACAACAUUAAUAUCCUACCUGCUGGGAUGGUGCGAACCAAAGGAUUCCGACUACGUUCUGAUGGGAGAACACGUUUCUCACAACGCACGAGGAAUUUACUACGUGACGACCAAUGCCAAACCACCGUACGCUCGAGGUUUUCCGGGCAAGAACCGCCGAACGGCGAAGAACUCCGAGUACGGUGGCGUACGGCGAAAACGAUAA